GUAAUUGUUGCAGUUUGAUGUUGUGACGUCACAAUCGUGAUCGGACAUCAUAACGUCGCAUCACCACUGUGUACAAUAUGUCAACCAUCGGUCGACUUCAAAAACUACUUAAAUCAGAAGAAUAUUCCGAAUUUAAUGAUGAAAAUAUCAUUUUAGAAUCACAGUUUAUAGAGAUGACACACAAAGGAGAACCUAUCAAAAACGUCAUUGCUGGGAUCACUGAAAAGUUCUUCAUUGUGGCCAAUGACGUCAUAAGUGAUCUCCGAAAAUCUCGUGCAAGUGUCCUCGUAGCUGAUGUUGAUACCGACACCGUGGACCUGGAGCUUGAAUGGGUUGUCCCCAUUAUUCACGUGAUUCCCGAGCCCGUGCCUAAUGAGCACGUGCUAGACGUACGUGGACAUAAUGACCAUCAUCGAUACUACAUGGUCGCUAGUACCCGUAGCAACGGCAGUGAAAGCAGAAUCUGGACAAAGUGGAUGAAACAUUUGGCCAAAAGUAGCCCAACGCCUGAACAGUUUUUACACGAAAUACCCAAAUUUAAACUGAAGAAUAUAUUCCAUAAAGACAAAACAUCAAGUGGAGAGGUUGUUGUAAAAUCUUCUGUAAUUAGCAACAUCAAAUCAAGAACGUCUUCAUUAAUGAAAUCGUCAAAGAAGCAGAAAAAGAACAAAAGUUCCUCCGUCAUUCGUCCUAUAGAUAACAAACUGCCCAGAAUCGCGACAGAUUUGUAUGACACUACUGGGAUCAUAAAAGAGAAGACCAACCUUUUCUGCUGCUGUCCAAGAAAAAAGAAAAGAGUAAAGGACUAACUUUAAAACCAUAAAAUAUAAAGGGGAAAGCGAAUUUAAAAGAAAUGGAACGAGUGAAAGACUAAUUUUAAAACCAUUAGUUUAAAAGGGAAAGCGGCGAAUUUAAAAAAAAAUGGAAAUCAGCAUACACAAUAAACCCUCCGUAAUAACUCGUACAUGU